AUGAAAACGAGUGUUAUCUUUGAAUUCGCGACAAGCACAGUCAAAAUGGCGUCGUCUGACAAUGAUUCUGUGCCUCAUAUUUCCGACAUGGAUUCGCCGGGUAGUUCAGUUUCUUCUGCUUUGCAAAGAGAGUAUGAAGAGCUACUAAAGUAUGCUGUUGUGACACCGAAAAUCCAAGUCUGUCCCACUGUUUAUGAGCAGAGUGUUACAACGAAAGAUGAUGUGACCGCUUCUACUGAAACGGACAGCAACAGCUCCUCGUCAACGUCAAGCAGCACCUCUGUCUCCACUCGUAGUUCAAAGUCAGAAGAAGUGUCUCACACGGCAGCUAAAGAAGAUGUUAAACAACUGCCCAGUACUCCAUCGCUUAGAGUUUCCUUUCAAGGGCAGGGCUCUAUAGCAAGGGAUUCUCUGUUACGAGACGGUAAAUUAAUGUUAACAGCGGAAAUUAACGACGCACACCCUUAUAGAGGCCAACAGAAAAGAUUCUUUCAAGUUCAAAUUUAUUUUUGAAAUAAGUGCCAUCUUGAAAAAUGUUCGGUGAAAGAGGUUAACAGCUCAUCCUCGGUGUAAAAACCUGUGAAACUCCCGAGUGAUGUAAAACAAUGAAUACAAAGGAGCUACUGAUAAGUCAACAUAAUGGGGCAAAGGAAAAUAAUACCUAGAAAACAACGAAAACUUUCACAGGUUUUACACCGAGGUAAACCUGAGGUUUCAUUUGAAGGGCAGCAUCAUGCACUUUGGUGUUGUCCACAGAUUACAGUGCGACUAUAUAAUUAUUGUAACUAGGGCCACUUUGACAAAGUUGACCAAUCGCAUUACAGGAAAAUAACAAUACAUUGCAAGAAAGUUGUUUGUAAGCCAAUCAACAGCUCGUAAGUAAACAAUAAGUUACUCGAAGCACAGGUUUAAGUACAUGUAAAAACAGCAAAUGUUUUUCAAGAAAGCAAAAUGUUUCACCAGACGAUGUUUUUCUAAUCGAAACUUUACAAAUAACACCCCAGAGACAUAAUUGUUUGACACAAGCCAUUAUUUUUUUUGGUCUACCAGCAAGUUCUUCGCUACCAUUGCUGUGCUUGGCGAUAACAUAUGACCUCAAGUCAAAAAUAUAACUAUCAUUUGCGUUCUUCGCAUCUGUCUUUCAUUCUAUCGGACCAUUCAGCAAACACAGGCUUUCUUUAGCUUGUUCAUAAGGUCACAUCUGUAGGUUGUGACUGGUUGAAUUCAAUCCGUGGUGUUUGUUCUGUUUCAUGGUAAUUAUAAUUGACUACUAACUUUCUUGGAAUGUAUUGUUACUUUCCUGUAAUCCACCAGUCAACUUUGUCUAUGUGGCCCCGGUUUAUAUUCACACUGUUAUAAAAAUGUGUCCAAUAAUCUCACGAUAAGGAGUGAAUGGGUAUGGUCUACAUUUAUUAUCUUGUGAAUGGGAAAAAAAUGUAAGCUUUUGUUUUGCCAUUUUCCCUUUCUUUUGUCUUUCUUUUCCAAAAUGAAUUCAACUUUUAGAGGGCAUAUCAUACAAUGUAAAUGGGUGUGCACUUUACCAAGGUAAAUACUGGCAUAUUGUCAUAUCAAAUAGUUUACAUGGACCAUUCCAUAUUUAAAUAUCCACAGCCCCCUAGCUUUGAAUGAGAUUUUCUGAGGCAAGGAGGAGGUGUCAAAAGUCUUUUCUGAGGAGGUUGUGUAUGCACCUUUGAUACACACUGUAUGGAAUAUUUUUGAGGUGGGGACUGUGUUUGUACUUUUUUUUCCUUAGGAGAAAAAGUCAACUUACCUCAACCAUAGGACUGCUGGGUUGGGGUGGGGGGCUUUUGAUGGAUCCAUGCACAGUAUAGCAAAGAGGAGUGGAUGUGGAUUACCCUGUAAUAAUGUUAGGUUAAAAAAAAUGAUUGAAAUGUUUGUUGGUCUAACUUGUACACAAUGCUAGAAUCAAGUUCUACAGCAACUGCAGCUAAGACUCCAGAUGUUGAAGAGAAGUCUUUAUCAUCCCUUUCACCUGAGGAAUCCCCAGGCACUCCUCCUGCACUAGCUUCACCUGUAAUAGAUGCUGACCUAGCAAGAAUGGAAGCUUUGCUUGAUAACUGGUGCUUGGAUCUAAAGAGAAAUGUUUUGGUUAGUUAAGCUUAUUAGUACAGUGUAUUUAUUUGGUUUAUUUAUUAUUUUUAUUUUUGCCAAUGGAGGAGUUAAAAUUAUUUUAAAAAAAGGUUGCCAAAUGAGAAAAGGUGCUGUAAUUAAAAUUAAUAGUAAGAAAACCAGUCCCAAGAUGGAACCUUAACACCCUCCUCAAUCUAAGUUAAUUAACCAAGAACAGUUUUUCUGAGAAGUGCACUAUUAUGCUAGUCGCUUAGUAACCUCAAAUCUUCUAUGACUCCCCUUGUUUUUGUGGAAGUAACCUUUUUUGGACUUUUUUUUUUCACAACCUAUUAGAAGCCCUAAAUUUUGUAAUCUGUUCAAAGUGUACACUGUAUUUAAUAGAACAAUGUCAAAAUAGUAACAGUUAAACCCCCUUUAAGUGGCCAUUAAUUCCUGGCGUUUGGGGAGUGGCUGCUUAAUGGAGAAGGCCACUCAAUCAGGGUUCAUCAUGAACCGGGUGCCAAACUUAGUCGGUCAAGUGCUUGAUGGCUGCUUUAUAGAGGUGACACUUUAACAUAGACAGUGAAAACUGGCCGUCCAGAAGGCAUGUUUUCCCAUAAAACUAUAAGAGAUUAAGUGUAUUUUCCUUGUAUUUCUUCCGAAAAUGGGUGUCCAUGGGCAGCUGGACACCCUUCUGGCUAAAACAGGGUGCACUGAAUGGGAAAACUCUCAUUGGGAGAGAGGCAGCUCCUUUAUAGACUGAGGUUUAGCUUCCAUAUCGUUUCUACAAUCGGCCAUUUGCACAAUGGCGUCAUUUUACUACUACGACCAGAAUCCGUCGGGUUUUUCCUUUCUUGUGCAAAUUAUACACUUUUGUUAUUUCAACCUCGCUGGGAUUACCAAAUUUAAAUGCGAAUGGAAAAACGAAGAAGAUUCUGGUUGUAGUAGUAAAAUGAUGCCAUUGUGCAAAUGGCCUUUUAUUUCAGGACUUUGAUUUCUGGCCUCUUGAAUAAGGGAGGGUCAAAUGUACAUGAAUAUAUAUUUUUCGUCAAGGCUCUUAGGCUUGAGAGGAAUAAAACAGUAGAAAAUAAUGGAUUGUUGUCCCUGAGCCUCAAAGUGAUAUCUUUUGUUUUCAUCCCCUAGCCCUCUGACCCAAGUGUGAAUUUUGAUAUCAAAAUUGUUAGAACUUUUUGUCUGUGAGUAUCACAUACACCUGUAAAUGUAAAUUGCCAUUAUAGGCAGCCAAUCUCCCUAUCCAAAGAAGAAAAUGUCACUCUGGUUUUUCCUCAUUUUUGCUACCUGCACUGUGUUUUUCUACUAACAGUAAAAAAAGGUUAAACAACCCCCAACCCAGUAUCAACAAAUCUGGAAUUAGACUAGUGUCCAUAUACAGUGUACAUUUAUAAAGUAGUUUGAAUUUAUUAUAUUAUGCGGUACAUGUCCAUCAUUUAUUCAUAGGUAUUGUUUUUUUACAACACAGGCUGAAUUUGCUCAAUGUAAGAUGGGUCUUUUUGAAAAACAAAAGCAGCUUUUGAUGCAGGAGAAGAGAAGGUACUGUACAUUGUUUUAAAUCCCCAAAAUGUACAAUCAUGUAGGUACUAUUUUCAGAAAUGUUCUUAAUUUAAUGCACAUGUAAUUAUUGCAAAAUGCAGGAUUCAAGAAUGCUUGCACACUGUUACAGUGUAUAUCAAAACCACAUAAUCAUUUGGUAAGGAUGAUUGAUCAUAAAUCAGUGACAUAAUCCACCAUAUGGAUAGAUCAAUCUUAGAUGUACAUUAUACAUGUAGGAUUUGGGGUAAGAAGUUUUCCUCCUGAGCACUUGAAGAUGACAUUAAUUUUGCAAAAAAAAAAAAAAAAAAAGAACAAGAAAGAAGGAAAGAAAGAAGACAAAAUAACAAGAAAACAAAUGAUGUUAAGAAAAGAAUAAGGUUACUAUUAAAAAAAUUAAAAAAGGAAAAACAUCCAACAAAUGUAAAAUAAUUUUUAAUAAAAAUAAUAAUUUGGCAAGAAUUUAAUGAUCUAGAAAGCUCUUGGAAGAGGAAUAAGAGACCUGAAAAACAAAUCCCCUUCAGCACAAUGCUUUGAAUCUGUACAUGUAUCAUUUCCCAAGCAGUAUAAUGUGCAUUCUUUACAUUGUACUGUCAGGUAGUUCUCAACUUAAAAUAAAGGUUGCAUUCCACUGGGGUGAUCCAAAUUAGGAUCAGUGAUCUGAGGUCAUUCUUAUCAUGCACCCACAGCUGUACUGCAUCAAAGUAUCCGACAAAUCCACCUUGGGAAACGAUGUAUCAGUUCAUUUGAUGUAACAUGAUCUAAGUUAUCUUGGAUCACUGAUCUUGAUUUGUAUCCUUCCCUAGUUCCAAUGUAACAGAACCACUUUGGUUAACAAUGCAGUGUAACAGACAAUAUGUACUACAGAGUGUACAUGUAGGUGCUCAGGGUUCUCAAUAGAAGGCGGCACCCGGCGAUUGAUCACCGCUUACUUUGGGAUUUAUAGCCGCUUACUUUGUGUUUAAGUCGCUUUUCUUUGCUUUGUUUUGACACCUCUGGCUUUGCUGAAGAGCCUCCUACUUUAUCAGUGAUCACCUCCUACUUAAAAAUCUAUUGAGAACCCUGGGUGCUGAUAAAAUGUCCCUGGUAGAAGAUAGUCUAGAAAUUAGAUAAUUAUAUUUUGCUUCAAUUACAGUAAGAUCUGUUGAAGAUAAAAACCUUUUCACUAAGCAUAUCUGCUACUUGGGAAUGCUUAUGUGGAUUCCACCUCAUCAUAAACUGAUAUAAUUGUAACUAAACCAUGGCUGGCGCCUCUAAAUUUUGUCAUCUACUGUAUAUGAUUGUAAAAGUAACAUUUGUUUCAAAAAUUAUGAAAAGAGGGAAAACAAUAGAUUUUGUAAUUUUUAUACUGAAGGUAAGUGUCAUUCUAAGAUACAUGUACAUGUAACGAUAAAUUCAACACUUGAAUUAAUUGUUUUCAUAAAAUAUAUACCUGUGGUGUUGCAGAACCUUUUUUUUUGUUUAACUUUUCAAAACAUCAACAACAAUAAACACAAAUCAAAAAGUCGAGUGCCAAGUACAAAGUUGGUGUCCAUACAGGACAGCUGGACCAUUCUAAGACAGUGAUGUAAAGCAUGCAAUCAUGUACAACAUCAUUUGCCGUUUCGGUUAUAUUGCGUUCAGUUUUGAUAUAAACUCCUACUACAGUUGUUAAUGCUGACUCUUAAGGUUACAUUCUAUAGGCUGCCAUUGACCCUUUUGGUACAUAUGCCCAGCUUUUGAUACAGUUAACGGGGCUGUCACUAAGAUUUCAAGUUGCUGGGUAAAUACAACAAGUAGGCAGAGAAUCAAACAGCUAGGGGUUUCUUUUGGUUCUAUUCUUUUUCUUCUGGUUUUUAUUUCUUUUUCUUCUAUUUUCCUUUGAGAGCACUUGGGGGCCACAAUCAUAGUAGCUGGGGAAAUCCCCAGUCCCUGCCUCUUAACGACAGCCCUGUCAGUAACAAACUGUCCCAAUAUCUUUUUAAAACCAAAGAAAUCGUUUCAUUCAGUCAUCAUAGUGUUCUACCCAUUCCCUCAAUUGCUCUUCAAAGUUGUCAUUAACACAGUAGAAUGAAGAAAUAACAGCUUGUUGGCGGGCAGGCAACACAUUGAUCACAUGGCGUCGAAAAUAUAAUUGCUGCACCCCAGGGUGUGGUAUAUAACUUCCUUGAUGUCCAGGGCACCUCUCUGAGGGGCAUAAUGGGCCACAGUGAAACUUGAUGUAAGGAAAAUGUUGCUUACAAAUCCCAUUGACCAUGCUGAAAAUGUGAGCCAGUACAGCUGAUGGCUUCAUCUCUUGUCCCUCCCUGUGAAAUGGAGUAUCAUUUCUUAGUCUAGCUAUUUAAUACCAAAUACGGGCAGUUUUUUUUUAACAGUUAGGGAUAGAUAGCUCUACUGACAGUGUUUCAAGUACUUCCUCCAAUUUUUUUUGAAAUGGAAGAAAAAAUAUAAUAGGUAAAUAGCCACGCCAAGAAUCAGGUAGAUGCAACUUUUCCUUUGUGAGAUAAAAUCCUUUAUCUAAAUUUAGGGGUUAGCCUGUGUAGCUGUUGCUUUUGUUUAGGCUGUAAAGCCGCGAGAAAAAUGAAGAGAGUCAAUUUGAGAUACGUCUUAUAGGAAAGUAGAUCAUCACAGUCAUAGACGCAACUUUUGCAGUUUAGUGCGAAAAGAAAGCCUGAAAAAGAAUUGAUCUACUUUCAUUUAAUUCUUCACCUCGCAGUUCACAUAUAUGAUUUUCAUAUAUUCAUAACUUGAGAUAAGUCUGUUGCAUACGAUGUUUUCCAAUACCCGAAUCUAAGGUUCUCUACUUCACCCCUUAAAGCUGAUUAAUAUAAAACUAACUUCGCCCGCUACAAGGGAACUACAUCGUGUAAAGAGAGAGAACACCAAUCUUACGUUCAGUGAGCGAAAAAUUCUUUAAAGAUUUUCUAGCAUGAGUAUUUUUUUGCAAGGUAAUAGUUAUAGUUUUCAUCUUACAGGUCAUGCCGCUCAUUUGUUUUGUGACAAAGUGGGUGACAAAACCAUAGGAAAUGAGGAAGACGGUAUUUUCCCUUUCCUCUUCGCCGCUUAGUGCAGCAGAUCCUCAGUUCAAAAGCACCAACCCAAUCUGAUCCCGCCCCCAGCUACGUGCUUUGUAUUGACACGCUGUGUUGGUACCUCUCUGAGGCCGGCACAAAUAUAGCGGCCGCAAUCCAACUAAAACAUCUUUAAGUUUUACAACGAAACUGCUAAUUCAUCACUCGAGGAACUCAUAAACAUUAACGUUAUACUUACUGUGGAUCAAGGACUGUCAAGAUAGCAUUAUUUCAAAAGAUAAGUCUCUUUUAAACUAGCCUCCCACGCAGGCGUUUUUAGGGGAGAUGAAAAACGAGCUCCCCUAAAAACGCCUGCGUGGGAGGCUACUUUUAAACCUGUAUGUCAGCUAUUUUGGCUGCCAUUUAACUUCCGCGUCAUGCAAAAGCUUACAAACUCAAGCGCUUUGUUACGAAACUAACGUUUACACCCCUUCGAACUGAAGACUUCUAGGAUGCUCUGAUACCUUAUGUUUAGAUUCUCUAAUACCUCCGUAAAGAAUAAAGACUCCGAAGAAUUUAUAAUUCUUUAGUUUGAAUUUUGUUUGCGCCACGUGCAAAACAGCAAAAUGUUUUGGUUCUUCGACUACAAACGCUUUUUUGAAGGAAUUUUCAUCCAUCGGUGUGGAAAUUAUUUCACAGAAUGCGUCCUAUUUAGGCGCAAACUAAUGAGCAAGUGAUGCAACCUACUGUAGUCUCUCUUAUGAUAAAAACCUUCUCUGCUUUACCCGCAGUAUACAAAUCUACGAGCCUGUUGUCAAAAGAAAACAUGAAAAUUAUUAAACUAACCUCUUAUAAGUGAAUCUGACUUCAAUCAUGUCUUCAUCCUUAAGCUGUAAAAGCCUGUAUGGUUGGUUGGGCCACAACCAAAACCUGCCCACAUCCUGGCAUAUAACUGGCUCACAAUGAGCAAAUUCUACUUUGCUGUUUCUGUGUGCACGUGACAGAAGAUGCUGGAAGAGUGCCUGUGGUAGAAAUCGAUUGAAGAACACGUAAAACGUCUUGUCAUAAGGACCAUCAAACCAGACUGGUGUUGUCACGGUCGCCAUUGGCAGAAGUGAAGGAACAAAGUGUGUGACUUGUGCUUCUUCCUCCUGGUUAGUCGCAUUGAAGAACAGAGGACAAAUUAAAUCAUAUUCCUCCAAAAAACCUUUCAUUGCUUCUUCAUUCUCUUGGAAUCUGGAGAGAAUGUGUUUUAGAAGGGAUUCUGUGAGCAUUCCAGUAUCAUGGAGUAGUUUCCAAUCACGCCUGAAACCCCGCUGAAAAUACACCUCUUCAUCUGUAAGUGGCGACACCAGUUGAAUGAUGAUGUCUACCAGUAUAGCUGGCCUCAGCAAAAUCCAACUGGACAGUUCAGAAUCUUGCCUCUCAUGAUUAUAUAUCACCAGUCCUUUCUCGUGAAAGUACUUCAAAGUUUCCCUACUCCAGUUGGUACAAAUGAAGUUCCCAACUGAAACUGGAAACUGUCUCAGUGGCACACAAAACCUUGCAUUCCUGUUCUCACUUAGAUUGAUUAUUGCAUCUUGAAUUUUUAUCCACGAAUAUGGAAUUUCCCUUCCCAUAAUUGGUCUGAGGUCCUCUGCUGUGGACAUUAUUUCUUUCUGAAGGUUUUGAAUUCCUCGGUCUUUUCUUCCCAGAGUGUUCUCAGUGGGGAAGUACGAAAGCUUGUCUUCCUUAUUCAUCACCAACUCAUCACUGAAAGAGUGCAUUAGUUGUUGUUGCAGAUGUUUGUCAAUAUUUUUUAGGUGGAUUAUGUCCAUAUGUCCUCUGUGUGUUCCAACAAGGAAGAUUGGUGUUUUGGGUUUUGCUUUGCUACAGAUUGAUUCCAACCAGAAACGAAGUCUUUGGAUUUUUGUUUUAAUGUUUCUGAAAUUGUUGUCUGCAAAGUUUGCCAUUUUAAAGACAACAAUAUAGAUGGCUUGAUCUCUCAUGAAGAUAUGAUGAUAAGCGUAAUAUUCUUCAUCACCUGCAAAGUCCAGGAGUUUCAGCUUAACACUGCAAAAUUUAUUUUGAAGGGCCAACUUUAGCUUCCGAAAAUUCAAUAUACACUUCUCUAUAAGUAUGAGAGUAAAACUAGCUCUUGUUUCCCUAAUGUUGCCCAUACUGGUUAAGAGAGAGAACAUGUCAUCCCAAUCUUUAUACAAAGUUUGGCAGGCCCAUACAGCAAACAUUGCCACAUACAUAGAAAAUGAACAAAAUGAAAAUAAGCUCAAGUCUGCUUUCUCCAUUGAUAUGUAAAGAAAUAAGACAAGGGCGACUUGACCUUGCCGAUUGACCCACGACAGUAAUGUUCCUGAAAACGUGUAAAUUGAAUAACAAAAAAGUGAAAUCGCUGUAUAGUGAAUAAUUUUACAAUAUGUGCACUCAGAAGGUUCAGUUGACAAGCCAAUAAUGCAACCAAAAGUAAAACCGCUUAUGAUAGGUACAAUAAAGAGUACAAUUAGCGGGAAAAUAGGUAACGAAUCUUCAAAUAUCACUUGUCCAGGGACUGUUGAAUCGACCCCGGAUAAAUUGACGAAAUUAUAAUAAUACCUAAUCUUCUUCAUUAGCGACACUCUGAGAAAGAUAUAACCAAACAUUGCUGCGAAGAUUAAUAAGUGGGCCACCCAGACAUACUGGGUGAUACAAGAAGCGUAUUGUCGAUCUCCUGAUAACGAGAAUUUGAGAUUGCUACAUUCUAUGCUUUUAAGAAGCCCUGGCAGCAGAUAUGCAGUCCCUAACCCUACUAUGAAACGACGAAUAGUGAAAAUCAUGCAAAACAAAGUGAUAACUUCUGGGUCUUCUAAGCGAAUAAAGUGAAGUAAAAUUGCUAUUACAAAUGUACUCAAAGAAAAUCCACAAAAGGUAACAGACAUCUCAGCUAAAGAGAGUAGCCACAUAAAUAAGAUAACCCAGCUAAUUAUUCCAAGUGUAAACAAAAACCUGCCAGCAGAAAAAAUGAAAGUCAAGUCUUCAGUUAUAACAAAUUCAGCUCCGCCUGGCCAAUAAAUGGCAAACUCGAGAAGAGCAGAUUCUGUAAACCGAGAAAAGCUUCCAAAGCUGAGACCAGUCGUGGGAUCCGAAGUUUUCCAUUUCCGAUCGACUAAGCUAACUUCUACACCUUUUGUCCUCGGUUCCUCAGCAUCAAACCCUUGUCCUAUUAGUGACUUCUUUAAGCUUGUUUUACCCACUCUAGCAUCUCCCAGUAUCAUGCACUGUCCUUGGAAAACGAACUGGGUGUGUUGUUCACCGCCAUCUUGGUUACUGCGGAAGUUAAGGUCCUCUAACAACUGUAAAUACGAUUCUCUUCCAUCUGGUAGCCGCUGAUCCAUCUUCAGCAUUUGCAUUACCUCAGAGGCAGUUUCCAAAGUAUGGUCGUCUGUAAGACGUAUUCUUUGCAAAUCUAAAGCCAUUCUGAUAGUUCAACAUAAGAGAUAACUCUGUAGGUAGUGCAGUGUUGUGAUGCAAGUCAUGUGACAUUAUGUAAAUUUCAGAAAGUUAUGUCACGCUCCUUAUUUUAAUACAGUGACCGUCAUGAAUCAAACUUAGCGAUUUAAUUCACUUAUUUGACCUUAGAAACGUAACAGCAAUGAGGUUAAAAACGUUUGUUGCUACCAGAUUUCGAAAGUCUCUUCCCUUAUUUUCGCUGCGUAACACUUGCAGUGAGCAGUGCAGGCGUUUUCGGGGGGGUACACGAGCACUAGAGCACUAUUAAAUUCUCUCGGGUUUGGUGCACAAAGCAAACGCAGAAGGGGGCAUGCCAAAAAUAAGGUAGGUCUAAUUUCCACUGUUUGGUUCAGUGCUUAGAUCAGUGGCAUAAGUCCUUACCGUAAAUCCUCUAUUAAGCCCCCCCUUUUCAGAAGAAAAAAGUUAAUAAGCGCCCCCCCCCCCCACCCCUAAUUAUUCUUCACAAAUAAAUGAUAGACUGUAUUAAUCACUCACGAAUGUAAAUUUUUGUAUGGAUAAUGUGGACUGAUCCGGGAGGGUUUAUUUACCAACUGGAAGUUCGGAUUUGAUUCUGAUCCUCCGCUGUAUGACCUAAAACUUCUUGUACUUCAGCUUUUCCACUUUGUAUUCUAGUUCUUUAUGGGAAACUGAUACCAUCGUCAUUUCUGAAUUAAAUAAGGCUCCCGUCUCUAUUAAGCUCCUCCCCCCCUUAAAUGGGCUUGAAAUAAAUAUGCCCCGGGGGCUUAAUAGAGGAUUUACGGUAUGUCCAGUACGCCUUUUGUCAUUUUCAGCCCGAUGUUUAGAUAUUGGCUUGUUUGGAUGUGUUAGGUAGCUUGUUUGGUUACUAUUUUCCUAGCCACGGAGUCGGGUCUAAAUCAGAAGCGUAGAGCUUUACGAUCGAGUGAAAACAUAACUACAAGGUCAGUGCUGUAGUUGGAGGUAGAAGCGGAAGAACUGAGCAAAUUUCAAAGUAUCGGAACGAGCUUUUCAUUGGUUUAUCCUGCCGCUACCGCUUCCGAAUACGAUAAUCCGGUUUCGUAAGAGUCAAACGUGGAAUCAAACGAUAUUGGGAACGCUCUACUCCUCCGACUCCGACUCCGACUCCCGUCGCGCUUAUGACUCGCUUACGAUUCCAAUUUUUGAUUUUUACUAGGUCACAUGCGCUCCGUUACGACUGCGUUCCUAGAGAAAACCAUCCUUAAGUUCUUUCUCUUGAUCUUUUGUACAGGCACGGUGUUGAAAUGAAUAAACUGAUGAAUGAAAUGGAAAGUCAGAAAGAGUUAUUACUCACUUAUGAACAGAUCCUGUCUCAUAAAGACUCAAUUGUGGCAAAUGUCACUAAUGCUAUUCAAAAACAGGUUUGUUGAAUGGUUCAGCGUCAGUUGUAGUGAUAAUAACCGCCUUUUAAACUGAUGAAUAAAAUGGAAAAGAGUUUGUACUCACUUAAGAGCAGACCCUGUCUCACAAAGACUCAAUUGUGGUUCAUUGUCAGUUGUAGUGAUAAUUGCAGAAAUGCUACAGAAAUUAGAGAGAUAAAUCUCAUACCCAGGCCAGCCACGAAUUUGCAUCUCGUGGAAUAGAAAACGUUCCUAGUGUGUUUAAUACCCCUCUUUCUUUAAAGUUCUCAAACAAGUGGCCGCCUACUCUAGAAAUGCUCCUAAGCCAUAAAAAUGUCUUUGUUUUUUGCUUGCGUUACCCUCGUAUAUACAAAAGCCAAAUAUUUGUUUUGUCUUUACACUCAAUAUUGACCUGCAUGUUCUACCACAGAAAGAAAGAAGUGAGCUGCUAAGGGCUUUUACAGUGUGGAAACUACGGCAUUGUGAUGAAAAGAGAGAGGUUAGUCGCUUAACUUCUCAUUUCCAUUACGAACUAGAGCUUUUUGAACUAUGUAUGUGUUAGUUGUUUUUGAGUUUUUUGUUGUUGUUCAAAGUGGACAAUCAAGUUAUAAGUUUUCGUAAACGGGAACACUUUUCUUACAGACAUUCACAGAGGGUUCAUUAAGGGCCGGGCACCGGGCAAAUUGACCGGCUGUGAACACGACUUUGCCCGGUUGGGUCGACCCAAAAAAAAUUUAGAAGGGUUUGUAUGGAGUUUUGUAAGCAUAACUGGGUUAAGAUCUCAGAGACAAUUUGCCGCGAAAUGCUCAUUUUUGGCAAGUAGGCCUCUUGGACAUUGUUCUUUCAGAAUAUCCUGACAAAUCCCAUAAUUUCAGAAAUUUCAUUUUUAUGACGUCACACUUUAGUACUCUAUUGCCCUCCUGUUCAAAACCUUAAUGAACCCCCCUGUCAUUCAUGAUUUUAAAACUGAAUCAAUUCAAAUGACCUGUUUUGUUGUGGUUGCCUCUUCAGGGUUUUGCUUCCAAGCUUGCCCGGAGACACUAUAACCACACCCUUCAGUCACGUACCUGGACUGCUUGGCGUUCUGUUAUUGAAUCCAAAUGGAAACAAAGAGUAGAGAAAGCUUGUCAGGUGAGCUCUUGCAUGACUUUAUCAUAACUGUCUUCAGACAAAACAGUUUAAACUAAAUUCGACACUAAGUAGCAGUGUUUAUUUAACACCUUGUCGAAUUUUGGCGGUCGGUUCCCAAAUGAAAGCUUUACAUCGUGCACGCUUCAAUAUUUGAAGUUUUUAUUCAUCUUUUCAAAGGCCAAAGCUCAAGACGUGUGCGUGAAGUUAACGGAGGAUUAUGAAAGUCGACUUCAAACGGUACGUUUUCGAUGUGCAGUAGAAUAAAGAGUAAUUUUUGCAGGCUUCUGUUACCAAAGGAAAUGCUUAGUCAAUCAUCUCUUUAGGGUUUUGCGACUAUACUUUUUCUUCACCAUCUGUGAUGUUACUUUCAUGUUAAACUGGGUAAAUAAUGUUGAAAUACGUUUGUAGUUAACAUCCGUUUAGACUAUAGUUUAUGAGAGACUUUUUACACUUCCUUCAAAAAUGGGGAAAGAUUGUAAUGAGCGGAUGUUCAUGUUUUAGGCUAACCGUGAGCUCGAGAUGGCGCGAACGGAGAUUGCUCGCCUUCAUGCCGAGAGGGAGCGUUAUGAAGAAACCAUGAAGAAAGCAUUCAUGCGUGGAGUGUGUGCUCUCAAUCUUGAGGCCAUGAGCAUGUUUAGAGAAGGAGAAGAGGGUGGAAGAAGACCCCCACCACCUGCUAGCAGCAGUGACGGAACUUUCUCAGGUACAGUAUUGUAUUCUUAGUUGUAUCUGGAAACAAAGCGGAUAUAUUGCAACGUUAACGGCUAAAGGUGUAAGGUUUGUUUAUAGUGGAGAGGGUACUUAGCCUAUCCAGCUAGUUUACAGGCACUCCAUUCAAAUAGUAAGAGCCGAACAAAUCAUCCAAACGUAACAUAACUAAAUUAAAAAUCCCAACUGUUAGGAGGCAACCACUUGGCUAUUUACGUUGUUUGACUCUAAAAUAUCACUAAAAUAACAGUUCUAGUUCCAGUUCCAUCCUCUCACGGGUUUAUAACGAACCAAUUCUGCUCCCAGUUUGCUUGUUAGCUCAAGUGGUAAGAGCGCCACACUGGUAUCGCAGAGGUCAAGGGUUCGAAUCCCGUACAAGCCUGAAUUUUUUUCAGGCUUUCUUCUCGCAACUGGAAAAGGCGUCUAUAACUGCGAUGAUCUACUUUCAUAUAAUUACUCCAGUACACUUAGAUAACAGUUCCAAUGAGAGAGAUAGCACUUCUAGAAAACAGAGUCAAAUACAUUAUAUGUAAACAGCUCGAUAAAUGAUUGGCCAGUGAUGUAAAUUACCUUUACGAAAAGAGUUGGCGUCUGUGUUUUUUGCCGCGUUUCUUAUGGCGUUACGUAUUACAUAAACGGUACUGCUGUUUUUGUCAGAUACAGAAGACAUGCCACGUCGUCAACCUCCACUUCCUAUUGUCACGACAUCUGGGCAAUCAGUCACGCAGCAGCAGUUUGGUUACGUGCCUUCCAGACAGAGGCCUUCAGCAGAGAGACCAGGUCAAUUAGGAGGAAAGACUGUCACAGUGAAAGCUGUUUGUCGAUCAGACAUUCAAGGACAAAAGGCCACUGCAGGUGUGUAGACUGUUCAUGGUUGUUUGUUUGUUUGUUGUUGUUGUUGUUGUUGUUUUUUGUAGUUUUGUUUUUCAACUAUUUGUGAUUUCCGUUUAUGUAUCCACUUCUUGCAGCACACGCUGAUUCUGCACAACUUACUUAAGAUGCCUUCUAUUGGAAAAUCUGCAUUAGUUUUUUGAAAUUGUGAAUUUUCUCGGAUUAAACAAGUCAAACUGAUUUUUGUAUCAUUUUUGGAUCUGUUAAGGCUUUAAACGUACAAUCAAACCGCGUAUUUGCCACCCUGUUCACGAUAUUUUUCUUAUGACUUACAGAAAAAAUUGAACCCUUACCUCUCACCAAUCAAGUUUGUAUCUGUUAAAGACCAUUCGGCCCGGCUUUUCCCUUUCUUUUGUCGUAUCAACAAGGUUAUUUACAUAAAGUGCUUAAUUUAAGACAAGUAAAAUGAAAAAUGUAGAGAAGUUGGUGAAGCAAACAGUUCAAGCCUUUAAAGCCUUAUUAGAAUAGACUGGAAUGUGCAUUUUUGUACAAUCUGUAAAAUGUAUUCCUAGUAGGUAGUCCAUUGAAAAUCUAAUGUGGCCCUUAAAAAGUUCUUAAAAAAUGGUUGCAGUAUUUUGUGUGAACCCUGUGUAAGGUUACCGAUUCAUUCUUCUGCAAUUACAGGUCUUGUAGGCACUCAAGGGCCUGUCAGUUCAGUUCUAAUUGAGAAGCACUCAUCAGAGCAGGCCGCCUCAGGAGCUCCCCCAAUACGUUACCCUCAUGGUCAGCGGGCACCACAAGUUCGCUCAACAGGUGCAAGAACGUCACGUGGCCCCGCGGUUCAAACAAUCCACACCACCCCUGUUAAAGUCGUGCACUGAUUAUUGCCAAGCACUCAACAUGCCUAAAGUUCUAUAAGUAAAUACAUUGUAAAUUUUAAACGAACUAUUUUCAUUUUGUAUAUAGUAGGGUAGAGAUCAAUACAGUCCAAUAAAAACUUUUUUUUUCAUACUUCAACAGUUACGUUUUCUUUUGUAUGGGUCGGGUAGUUUGCGUGUACACAGAGCCGAAAGGGCAAAAGGCAUGCCCAUAGCCUGCACAUGUUUUCUCAAGCUCUCGUUUUUAAGUACAGUAGAAGCCCGGUAACUCGAACCGUGAAGGGAAACGAAAAACAGUUUGAUCAAGCUAGGGUUCGAGUUAACGGGGUCGAUUGCAAAAUUCAAUUUACCGUGUUAAAAAUUGAUAGUCACUGAUUUUUCAGCAGUUUUAAAGUGUAUAGUGCUUUGCAAACAUAACAUGAUCAGGUAACAUGAUUAGUGUUUUUACCCUUAUAGAACAAGUACAUUUUGUUUAUUUGAACCUAGCAAAAUCAAGGGUUUCCAAUGCGGAAAAAAAAGGAAACGCGCGUUAGCCGCGAAACAAACGAUUGGGAUCUGGCACGCGAUUGCUCUAGUCUGAUUUAGAUUCGGAAUGCAGAGCAACCUUUAGGUGAAUCAAAGGAAAAACUGAGAAGGAAACAAUCGGUUCAAAGCCAGCGAUUUUUGGAAUAAAGAGAUGAAAAAAAUGAAGCAAGCCUUGAAACCCCAGACGUGUUAGUGUAGAUGUAUGUGAAAGACGUCAGCAAUACAAUUAGAACUAAUAACAGUAACGCCCAAAACAUUUUUCUUUUGGGAACAGUUAGUUUAUACCCGUUUUUAAAAAUGUCUCAAUUGCAUUUUCGCUAUGUCACAAGAUUCGUCGUUUUAACAGAAUCGAUUAAUGUCUAGCCACGCUUGAUUGCAUAACUUAUUUUGUCCAACCGUCCGAAUUUCUACAAUAUUAUAUGAAGGGCUUUUUGUCGGGUUGACUCUAGAAGUAUUUCGCCGCAAUCAAGUAGAAUGCUGUUAUUGUCGAUAUAAUUUUGUCUUUAACAAGAAAAUAAGUUAAUUGUGUGAGUAUCGAAGGUGCGAUAAACUGCCAAAUGUCUAAUCAAUAACGUCAUUUUCUCGCGCCGUAAUCAUUACCUCAUCCAUAUCAACCAAUAACAACGCUUCACCUGCCAAAACAAGGGCUGGUACCAUGAAUAUCGGAUUUCGUGUUUAUUUUACCUACCUUUGCACCAAUCAGAGCGUAGAGUGUGAUAUUUCUGGUGUUAGCAAAGAUCGGAAAUUUUCAUGUCCGAAACUUGGAUGUAGAACUGGGGAAAAUUGGGAAAAAGUUUUUUCCCAAUUAAUACUAUGAGGAUACCGGUAGUAAUUCUCAUCUUUGGGUUUUGUGCAGUAGGAUAUUCACGGCCGUCUAAAAGUAAGUUGAAAGUAUUCCUAAGCUAGUGAUAGAUUCUCUCAACUCAUAAGUCAUACCUUGCAGAUUAAUGUACUAAUUUAUAGACAAGGCCCGUUAGUGGUGACUUUACUGUUUUAUCACCGAUCAGGUAGGAAACUCUUUUAAUGGUGCUAAGUGGUAAUGUUUUUACAUACCGCAUUUCUGAAGCUCUGCGUUUCAGUUGGACAUGAGUUUAAAGUUGUCAAGUGGAACACGAUAUGCUUCCAUAACUCUGUGUUUGAAAUAUUGUUCUGCCCCAGAAUACAUUGCCACCAGUCAGCUAGUUCCGGCACUUAAAUGCAAACUCAAUUAUUUUUCCAAGUUAAAGGUUAUUGGAAAUAAAAAACUUCCUUUGGAUUCAUUCGGAUUCUUUAUUAGAGUUUUCAACUAGAAAUUGACAAACCUGAUGAAAAUUGACCAGACUGGAGCUGAUUUGAUCGACGAGCUGACAAUUGCUGAUGAUUAUGAUUGUUUUUCUCAUCAUAUGACAUUAUCGUGCAGUUUGCUGUUUAUGCCCUAAAAAUAAAUGAAAAUUAAACUAAACUUAGAUUAGAAUUGAAUCUUAAAGGCUUCAAGAAAACUUCUUUUAACCUGACAACCAACCCAAAAAUAAAUGCAUACUUUAUCUCCUGUCGCGACCAAUUUUAAAAACUCGGUGUUCGUCCAAAUCAGAAACUCUUUAAGCGCACUGGAGCGCAUAAUCAACUUGUGACCGACUUCUCACGGUUUUUAGUUUUCCUGUGAUAAUAUUUUUCUCGCGUGAACAAUAUUAAUGAUUUCUCGUGUGAUCUCAGUUUGGUUAAAGAAUGUUGAAUUGUCCGUGAUUCGGUUCGAAAAUUGACCACACCCACAGGGUAAGAAUCUCAAUUUUUAUUCGCCAUAAAAUUAAACACGCUUGAAUAAUUGAACCUACGUUAUUCAGCUUUCGUCAGAAAGAGUUAUCUGGCACUUAUAUUUACAAUCAUUCUAUUUUGGAUGUCCGACAAAGAGUUAUUUAAUUCUUGGCUGCUUUACAAGUGAAUUAUUUGUGCAAAUGGUGUAGUUGUAACCUGAAGCUGAUUCGGUAAUUUAAGGGUGCGGCCUUGAACUGGUUCAAAUAUGAUAUCUUUUGACUUUUUAAUUUGGCCGAUCUGGGUGCUCACUGGAAUUCACUGUAACUACUCAAUGUGUCCAAAUUUUGACUUCGUGCUCAAUUCUUCGAUGAGACUAGUCAUUACAACUAAAGCUGCCAUGAGCAACGCUACAGUGUUAAAAUUCACUCUUAUGACUUAAUAUUGUAAACCCAUUUCAAAGAACAGCUUUAAGAAUUAAGACAGUAUAACACAUGUACUCUCGUCAUGAUCUAAUUUACUAGUAAAAUGUUAAUCCCCAGAUGAUGCCCUAAUAAUCCGUCAUUUUCACAUAGCCGUAAAUGACUGGUGUUGCAGACUGUGAGCAGUCUCUCUUUUGCACGAAAAUCUGUGAGCAAGUGCGAUAUGCGAGUAUGCAAGUGGCGUAGCCAGGAGGAGUAAGCUGUGCCAUAAGUUGCUGCUCGGGGCUUCUCUGCUGGCAUACUCACAUAUAGCACUCGCUCUCACUCUCUCUCAGAUUUUCGAGCAAAAGAGAGACCACUCGCAGUCUACUGGUAUUGAGGCAGGGUCGUAACUGGGGCGUCUAUAACUGUCCAUCGUUCAUUUGUUGGAUCACUGUUGUGCCUGCACACAAGCUGUCAAGGAUAGUUGUCACACAGGCAACUAGCUAUGGGCGACAUCUCUGCGCUUAAUGAGGAUUGUCUACAGUACUGAAGAGCAUUUUCUGUCGCUGUAACUAGUGUUUAAUCAUAACUUUUACAAGUUUUCUAAUCUGAUUGGGUAUCAUCAGCGCUGAUUUCAGCAUUAAAAAGAAUAAAAGCCCUCGAAGGAUCUUGUGUUUAAAUUUUCAAAAUGCUUAAAUUAAGAAUAACUGGUAAAAGAACUUCGUGCAUGUCUUCCAAUCCAGUCUGUUUAAUGCUUGCUUGUAUGAUUACAGACCGCAUCGGACUCCACUCAGUUCCAUGAUCAUAUUAUUAAUAGAACAAGGCCACAGAGUUAAUGGAUAAGUUAGUCAAGCAAAGAACUCAUGGUGUGUUGCAAAACAAGAUGCCAGGCUGUAAUUAAAAGUGUAUGAUCAGCGAUAUGAUGCACCUGUUGUGCGCUGUUUGCCUUUCCUCGUCGCGUGUGCAUGUCUAGCGCUCCACGCCUUUUUGGCGCUUGCCUUCUCUCGCCUAAAAAAAAAACAUUAAAAAUAACGCCUGUGGCUAAUGCUCCUGAACAGGCUAUGGGCAGUUGAGAAUUUCUUCCUCUUGUUACUCAUUUGAUAGGAGGUCAUAAAACUGCAGAGGUAGUAGAUGACUCGGAUAAAGAACUCAUCCGAGUGGCUCGAGGAGAUGUAGAUGAAGAUGACGAACCUCAAGAAAAGUCCCAUAAAGAAACAAAACGAUCAACCGAGGGUAAUUUUUGAUAGUCUGUAUGGAGUAGUCAAAUUGACUUUGUGAAAGUUUAUUAUAGUUUUGCAUAUUAGAGAGAAUGAGAGUUACGUUUAUGGAAAACGGCAAACAUCAGAUUCAAGUUGAGAAUUCCUCAAAAUAGAAAAUGAGCAGAUGAAACAGUCUAAAACAAUUCUUAUCGAUGAAAACAACGUGAAACUAUACUUAUUUUUAGGUAGAAGUAAACAUCGGUAAAAGACAGGUAAAACUGAGGAAAACUUGGUCACGUGCAGUCGGUAAAAAUUCAUGCUUGCCGUUUGCCGCAAACGUGGCUCCUUUUGUCUAAUGGAAUAACGUCCUCGUUUAAACAAAAUAGCUAUGCAUACGGCAUUUGUUGCUAGGUAAGGAUAAAAGUGGUUUUAUUCUAAUCUUUUAUCAUUACAGCAAUCAACAAAAGGGCAAAACGAGCAGCCGAGGAGGGUAAGCGAUGCUUUGAUAUAAAUAACGUAAUUAACAAUUAUAAUCGGUUUAAUAAAAGGCACUCAAAUGCUGUAAAACAGCCCCACUAAUUCUUUGAAUCAUUCCGAGCUGGAGUUUGCUUCGCUAUUAUGUAACAACAAGCGCGCACUUUGAGUCAUUGAGGUGCAAUACGCGUGCGCGAAACCAUAUCGCGGUGGUAGCCAACAGGGCCAGAAGUCUCAGUCAAAAUUGUUGGGCCACUUUUCUGUCUUCUUGCUCUCCAAAUUUUGGUGUGCAAGAUUUGGUGAGUUAACUGUGAAAAAUAACAUCGGGAGGACGAGGAGACGGGUCAGAAGUGAAAGAACAGUAUUGGGUGGAAGUGUCCCAACUAUUUAGUUUAGUUUUUCGACGGCCGAUCAGCGCUAAGCCGCGGUUAAAUCUUAAUUUGGGUUUCUCUAUCUUCUGUUUGCUUUAAAAGCUUUUAUGUUUGAUUUUUAAUUUCGCACUAAUCCAGGGUUAUCUUAAUCCAUCUUUGAACAACCCGGCCUAUUUACUGUUAGGACAGAUUUCUACUGUUCCUCCUACUUCGCAAAUCUUAAGUCACAAACGACUAAUGACAUUUUUAAAUUCUUAUUAUUUCAUAUUUGGUAUUAUUUUUCAAAGUGUGCACAAUGCUUAGAGUUCAUUAUUUUGAUAUAUAUAAAUUUUUUUUCAACAGAUGCAUUUUUCCAAGCACUGCUGUCUCGAUCCGAGGAAAGGAGAGGUGAGAAAAUAGAAACCUUUCAGCUCUAUAACAUGCUUAGAAUGUAAUGAAAGUAUAUGGUUAUGGAGGGCGUAGACGUUUUACGGCAUUCUUGAUUAAUGUGCAAUAAUAUCCUUGUAUUUCUAAUUUUGUAGAGAAAAAGAGGUCUUUUGACGAAGGAGCUGAUAACACAGGUAUAAGAAUUAGGCUUUCUUUUAAUUAUCCAUGUUGCAGUUUUCUCGUGAACUGCUUGGGAUCAGACGUUCAAACAGAAGAAGUGACAAUGUUUUUAGAGUUUUUAUCUUCUGGGCGUAGAAUGGGCGGGAUGUUUUCUACACUCGAUACUCAACAACUAGAGGUUUUAUCCAAUGGACAACUUUUCUUGUUUAUUUAAUACAUGAACAUAUUUUGAUAUAUAAUUUGUGACUGUUAAUUGCAAGUUGCAAAUUGCAAGCAGAUAUCGUAAGUAUCAUAAUUAUAAGGCUAUGCCAAAAAUCAUUACCUAAUAUUCUUUUGGCGCAAAAACGUAUGAAAUGCUUUUAGAAAACUAGAAAUGAUAUAUUUAAAAUAACCAUGAUAUGUUGUCUUUCUAGAGGUCUUUUCUUAUCUCAGUCCUUUGGCCUUCAUUUUCAUUCAAUUUACCUUUACAUUCAAUGGCCGCCACAUUCAAUUUCGUCAAAGUUAAAAAAAAAAUUUAAAAUUAUUCCUCGACUGAGCCCGAAUGAGCUCUGAGUCAAUAGCCCAUGAGGUCGAAGGUUGAAUGGGCUAUUGAAUUAGAGGCCAUGAGGGCGAGAGGAAUAAUUGUUUUAGUAAAAUCCAACUAGUUGGUCAAAAAUAUCGAGAUAAGACAACUUAAGCUAUUUAAAGCUAGACUUUAAUCCUUUUUUGACGCCAAAAAGCCGGCGCUUUUCGCUACUAGUGGGCUAUAACAUAUAGCCUAGUAGUUGCUCAACCAAUCAGAACGCAGCAUUGUUAAUAGACCACUUGUUGGAUUUUACUAAAUAUAUAUAUUUUCAAAGUCAACAUUAAGCGAUCAAAAUGUGUUUUAAGCAAGAAUGAGAACUUAAAUCAACUCUGUAAAUACACCUUCAGCCUACCAAAAAUGUGAAAUAUGAUAAUGAGAAGUUCUUGCUAGUUAAUAACUCAGCAGUUGUAUUGAUUCAGGUGCUGUCGAUUGAUUUAUAGGAUAUAUAAUCAGAGAUGAUUGGAAGGGAGACUCCAAAAUAUCCGAUGCUGACAGGCAGGGUGAGUAGUUCAUCCCCUACUCUCCCCCCCCCCCCAACCCCUUUCCCAUUGUGCCUAUUUUGAUAUAGCCUGCGCCACAGACGAAACGAAACUCUUGUUAACUCCGGCUGCGAAACAGCGCCGAAAGCCUUGUUCUGAGCCCCAACCUGUGUAGCAGGAUUUGAGUAGGCACCAUGAUUGGUCUGUUAAAAAUGCAAUUGUCAAUUUGCCAAUCAGAAUGAAACGAAAUUCUAAACUCACUUCCGGUAAUUCGUUGAGUCCGUUGGGGGCCCCAGAACAAGGAUCUCGACACUGCUUUGCAGACGUUACUAACCGAGGUUUAAGUACGUCUGCGACGCAGGCUAGAUUUGCUAUUGAUUUCAUGAAUUAAUAAGAGAUUUUUACCAUUAGUGAAGUCAAUUCAGUCUCUACUCAUAACGUUAGUGUUUUUGAAAGUUUGUAGUCACUUUGAAUCGUAAUUGAAGACAUUUCAGAGUAGCACUAUUUUUAUAUGAAUGGUUGUAGCAAUAGUAGUCCAGAGGCAAAUUAUCUGUAAGAGUCCUGUUGCUACGGCUGCUUGAUGACUUUCCUUAACAUGUCAUUACUAUUUGAAGUUGAAGAUUUGUAAAAAGUAUCAAAGGUAAUAAGACCUGAUAAAAUUAAAGGCUCAAAAGGUUUGAUAAUUUUCAUCGUCACAUCUGCAAAGAAGUCCUAAACCCAUCUCAUUGCUUUUUUCUUCGCACUUUUUCUUUAUAUAUUUUCUUCAAUUCUUUUUUUUUUACAUAGAGCUCGAAAAUCUUUUCAACGCUAUUAAUGCCCCCGAUGAUGGAGGCGAGGAAAAAGUGGAGGAAACAAGAAGUCUUAAGCCGGUAAGAAUCCCAAUAAACCUGUUAACUCUCGUCUUGAUUUUCUUGAAAGGAUUUGAGAGAGGUUUCCCGGCCGUGUUUUUAUUUAUUUAUGUUUUGAAGGCAAGAUGAGUAUAAGUUUUUUAGUUUAUAUCUAAACGCAUCGUUCCACAAAACAGAACUCCCCAACCCCACCCCCUUCCCCCUUUCCUUCUUUAAUUCCCUACUGGAUUUUUUAAACGGUUUGCAGGAACUUUGAUUUCAUUCUUUCUUUCUUUGUUUUUCCUUUGUUUUUAUUUUUCCUUUUAUUUAUUUAUUUUGUAAAAGACUGAUAUUGCAUAUAUUACCGUGCAUAUAUUACUUCCUCAUUCAAAAGGACAAAAUUACAACAUUCUUUUCGACAUUUCCUUUUUUUUUUCCAAAGCGAAUAGAAGAUAGAUAUUAAGCGAAACUCGAAAAGAUAAGCUUCAACACUGGAUGACUGAUAGGAAUUAUCUUAAUACUUCAAUGUAGCCAAAACGUCUUUGUAAUAUCUCCCUUAGGUAGCCGCCAAGUCUUAAUUUCCUCUUCUCUGCAAUCAGUACAGUCCCAUGCUACAACUUAACUGGAAACUUGCAGCCCAAUUUUUAACCCCCAAAUGAACGCCCGCUGCAAGUCCAUACUUGUAUCACUCAAGGGGGCAGCCUACUGACAUCAUGGAUCAUUCAGAAGCGUAGCUUAAUUCGAUCGAGUGCUCAGCCACCACUACAGUUGCUGCAUAGCUCAUGAUUUUCUUGUCUUUCUUUUCAAGGGAUUAGAAGGAAAGGUUCAGCAGUUUACUGAGUGGCUCAUGAGUCAGCCGGUAAGUUAUUUAGACCCAACUAGGUAUAUUUGCCCCAAAGCUCACCUUGUUUUAUUGAUGUAGAAUUCUGGUUAAAUUUCAGCCCGAUAGGUUUACUCAGUCGCUGUCGCACAUCCUUGACGUAGAGCAGUCUUUGACCAAAAUGUUUUACGAUGGUAAGCUAGCCAUUAUCUUAGAACGUUAUGAGAAAAGCUCGACAACCUUAAUGAAAGAGCAGCUUGUAUUUUGAAACUAAAACAAAACACGUUGAUAACAGCAGCGUCAUAACAUUGAAUUAAUUCAAAUGGAGAAAAAGUGUGUUAUUUUACAUAAGAUGCCAGGAAAUUCUAUUUAGGGGAGCAGUGCCAACACAGACUACCCAAAACACUAUUCACUCGCCAUUUCAAUGUUUUUCAGAAGACCUUUUCAAAAUAAAUUCAACUUGAAACUCGUCACUACUUCUAUUGUGAGUUUUUUGCAAGCGAUUGUCCAACAAUUUGACCAGCAAGACUAGUAGGAGAAGCCUCUUUUCAGCGAGGCCUUUUUGGGGGAGAGGGGUAAGGAAGGCGUGAUACUCUGGUUAUAUGUUUACUAGGGCGUUGUCAAUAACCUGAAUCAAGACAAUCGAGAGAGAGUCGAAAUCUCUUCGCUUUAUCAUCUUAUACUCUUAAUCUUUAUUAGAUCAACCUGCUAUACUCAACUCUAAUACUGAACAGUGACCUUAGAAUGUCUUUUCCGUAACUCACUUCAGGUCAAAAUCAACAACAACAGCAGCAGCAGCAACAACAACAACAAGAUCAAUCACAACAACAGCAAACACAAGUGCAAGAUCCCGGUAAAAUUUGCUUUCUUCCUUCGCGUUUUGUCCGCAUGUUUUAAUGGGCUCUGCUAUAGGGCAAUAUUAAAAAUCACAAGCAUUCUUCCACUGCUGCUGUCAUAAGCUUGUGUUUGAAGUUUUAUUGAGAGGAGAUAGGAGUUACAAAGUUGAAGUUGUAAAACUUAAAACUUAAAACUGUAAAACUUUAAUUCUUGGUUGAUAAGUGCUUCGGCCUAUUUUAUAGGCACUCCACUCUUCAAAAAUCCGAAAAAAAAUUAUCGAAUUGAAUCAAACACAGAAUGACAGGAUUUAAAAGAUCGUAAUACUCUUACUGGUUGGAGGAAAACCAGUUUUUUAAUUCUAGGGAGAUAGGGGAAUGAACUAAGGGGAUAAGUGCGAAGUGUGGCCAGGACUCGAGACCGGUAAUUCCGGAUUGCGAUUCUGACGCACUGAUUGGGGAGGCGAUCACUUUGCCUCCCUAAUUAACAAGAUUUAUUUUCUGAUUUCCUCUUUCCACUCUGCACAAGUACAGCGAACAGCAACAAGAACCCAUCGCAACCACAAGGAAACUGCAAAACGAAAUGUUUCACUCUGCAGCUGGGAAACACUGAGUGCAAAAUCAUCUGUGAACCUCCUGUUGUUGAACAGCCCAGCCAAGCACCAGCCUACGGCCUGUACUCACAACAACCUGCAUAUGGGCAAAUGCAGCCGUACCCUUAUAUGGGACAAAUGCCAGCGCCUUGCACCCCUCCAGCAUGUCAGCCGGGCCAGAUGUACGGUGGAUACACUCAGCCUCAGCAGUAUCCUGGACAGGCUGGUUUCCCUGUGGCUGGUGCAAGACCAUCACCAGUGCAGGAGGGCUGUGUGGGACGGUCAUGUGACAAGCCAAAGGAUGACAACGAGUCACAUUCUGAUAAACCUAACGAAAAACAGGAUAAACCGGCUCCUCCUCCUCCAAAACCAGCUCAAGCUCCUGCCCCAUAUACUUUUCAGGUUCGUUAAAAGCGUCAGUAAUGUUACGUUUCAAUAAAAUUCAAAUUAGUCCUUUUUCAUCUGCUCCAUUAUUUAGGAUGGAUUCAUUCAUUUGCAGCUUUCGCGUAUAGCUAUCGCAUGUUUCCGUUGUGAUGUUUACUGUUUUGGAGAAAAGAAAAAAAAAGACAAUAUUAUUAUAUAUUACAUUGGGCAAAUGCCACGCGGUCUAUACCUCUGUAAACGAAAAUUAUCACUCAUUACUUAUCAUCCUUAUUAACUGAGUUUUAUAAUGCCAUAACAAUGGAAAAUGUUCUGAAACAAUUUUUCCAAGUGAUUCAACUGAGCGAUAAGUCUGUGUAGAGGUAAUUAAUUACUUCAUUUUUUUAUUAUUAUAAGAUUAUCACUCUGUCUUUAGUAUGAAAGUUAACCACAGUAAAUGCAUGAAAUAUUUCAAAGAAAAAGUAUAAGCAGUGAUCUCGCUUAAAAUUUGGCCAGUCACUUUCAGCUCUUUUGGAAAGUUAUGUCUUGUUUUUAUUGAUUGAUUGAUUUCAGACCCCAGGGGGAACUGUUGUUAUGGAUCCAGUUAAAAUCACCUCUGAGCCCCAAAUACCAGUUGCUCCAAUGGUUCCUGGCCAGGUUCCUAUGGCUAUGCCUCAACCUUAUGCUAUGCCUCAACCCUAUGCUAUGCCCCAGCCUUACACUGCACCCCAAGCUCCUUCAGCUCCUCAGGUCCCGUAUGGUAUCACCAUCUCAGGUUUGGCCGGACCUCAAGCACAGCCUCAGGCUCCAGUGACAUCGCAAUAUUUCAAACCCAUGCCCCGUGACUGUCACGAUUACAGCCAACCUAGGUGCCAAGUCUUUCUUGAUUGGCCAACAGGUAAUCUUCACUGAUUUUCUUUUUAGAUUGAAAAAAUAUAAUUUAUAGCGUUGGUUUUAAAUUCUGAUCCGGUGGGCAGGCUAUAUGUGGAGAAUGAUAAGGGGUUUUAAAAGUUUAUCACUCAAAGCUUUUAGUCAUCAGACUUCGGGCAUUUUUUUCUUCAUCUAUUUGAGGCUGUGAUCAAAUUCGUUGUUUGGAAAUUUGCCUUCUGUCUUUUUCUUGUACAUAAUUUUUUGCAGCUCUGGCAGGCAGUAGUCCAAGCUGUAAGCUUUAAGCUUAGUUUUAUUUUCUCUCAGUAUUUUCUUCUUCGGACAGGAGCUCGAUGUUUAGUCGUCAAUAUACGUUACAAAAAGAUUAAAAUAAUUUGGUGGACUGAAUCUCAAGCGAGAUGUAUUUUUGUCUUUCACAGACGAGCGCAACGAGAUAAGGGCCUCACUGAGAUUCAAACAGAACUGGGACAAUGAUUACAGACGUUCUUCUUCGACUAAGUACAAGAUAUUCACAGCGGAAGUGGAGAAAGCGGUAAAUAGCAUUGCAGUUUCCUUAUGAAAGAAUCAGUCAUUGGGUGUCUUUCUCUUGCCUGGUCUGCCUCAGUGACGAAAGCUUUUGGCAGCCAUGUAGGACGCUUUCUCUGCUUUUGAUGGUUGACAUAUACCAUCAACGGCUUUAUGCGUCUACCGGUGCCACUAGAAAUGAUGAUGGUGAUGAUGAUGAUUAUAAACUGUCAUUGAUAAUAAGAGCUUUUCAAGCGUUUUUUCGUUCUUUUCUUACUAACCAAUGCAAAAAGGACUUCUUCAUAGUUUGGUCCUUAAUUUUCUGUCGGUGUUUCUCGAUUUUUAACUCCACGGUGGAACUUGGAUUCUGGAUUGCAAUCUUUAGCGGUAUUCCGGAUUGCAGUGGCAAAAUUUUCCCGGAUUCCUGAUUCCAGAAGAAAAUAUUUCCCGGAUUUCGGAAUCCGGAUUUCCUUGCACGGGACGAAGGAAAUGGCCAUUGUUAACUUUGUCUGCAGUUGAUGCGGAAAGUACUUAAUAUUGAACUUUUAAAAAACUGUGACGCAUUUGAAACGCACUCAUGAACAUUUCCUUUUUCUACUGGUAUUUUUUAUCUUACACACAGUUGAGAGACGUGUACUCUCAGGAUCCGAAUUUCAAGGAUGUUCAAGUCACCAGCUUGAGGUAAAUUGUUUAUAUUUGUUAUUUAAUAGUCAUUUUAAGAGAGCAGUAAGGAAGAAACCUGCUCCCCAACUCUCAACUUGUCUCUGUUACUACAACCAAAGACAGCUUGACACCCAGUUUUCCAAACCGUUCAAGAGGAUCGAGGCUUGAACGAAACAAUUAACCUUUUUAGCUUCGAUGUUUUUUUCCCAAUUCAGACCACGUGAUGUUCUUCAGGGAAUUUACCUUUUGUCUUUUCAUAAAUUACGUAUAUAUAUGCUGAAGCUUAAAGGUGAAGGUGGGUAGAACGACAUUGGAAAGAAACAGUUCUCUGGGGUCUGAAAUGGGAAAGCAAAACAUACAAACCGAAAAGGUCUAUUGCUUUUAUGAGCAAAACAGCUUUACAGCUCUACACGUGCAUCUCACUUUCUAGUACAUUUCUUCGACACCCACUGCACGACUACACUGACUACAAGGUUAAAUCUCCCAAUGCGACGUUCUAUGGAGGACGUGAGAAGUAGAUACCAAAUUUUUCUUUCUCUUUUGAAGCUGAAUAAAGUUUUUAAGUAUUCAAUUCCAGGAAAAAUCGCCUACAUUUCACAACUUGAGUGGUUACCAAUAAGCGCGACAAGGCCCGUAGGAAUGACGCAAAAUUAAGUUAAUUUUUUAUAGACGUCUUCGUUGUUUAAUUUCCCUUUUAUUGCAAUACGGUAUGAAAUCAUCAUAUGUUAGUCAAGAUAUAACUCAAAAUUCAAAUUAAAAGGAGGACGGGUGGUCACUUCACUUUUUAGUAUUUUACACGUUCGUGUUAUAAAUUAAUAUAAAUCUUGCUUUGCUUUUAUUGGAAGAAUUUUAGGUACUUUUCUCAACAGGGGGAUUUUUUAUAACGCCGGAAUAUUAAUGAAACAUGUUACACAGGCUUUACUCGAAAUUCAGAUUCAUUUAAAGGGGCUUGCUACUCUGUGUAGGAUUAUAUUUCAUACAUUUUUGGUAUCAUAAAUUAAACAAAAAUCUUAAUUUUGGUCCCACAGCGACGAAGAUAUGAAAGUGGCAGCGAAUUUUGUGCUUCGCUUCCAGCAGCCUGAAAAAGAGGGAUUGAGAUAUCUCUCCCAUGCAAUUGCCAACCAUUAUCUUCAGAGCAUGCCAGUUUUCAAGAACACUUUAUUACGUGAUGGUAGGUCAAUCAUACAGAUACAAGUUUUGUUCAUAUUAAGUUCUUGUUACAUCAGAAUAUUCUUUGAUAUGUUAUUAGUAAACUGGCUGUAGAAUCGGUCAAAGACGCUAGCCUUGGUCGUUUUGACUAUUUGCUUUUCCUGCUAAGACUAUUUUAUGGUUAAAAGUUUUGUAAGUUUGAAAAGACUUUUAAAACUAAGUUUCUGGGAAUUUGGGGCGAAUCGGCUGGUGUGUUAAACUUGUGGUUUUGUAGUUGACUUUUUCCGAGUUUCCUUAAAAUCCGAUAUUUUUUUCUCUGGAAAAAUGGAAAAAUUCAUUUAUCAUUGGGGAAGGACAACUACUGGAACUAAUCAGCUUGCACUGGUGGCAUGAGGAAGGGGCACAGUUUGCGAACUGUUAGGGGGUCUCGUUGCACCCCAAAAAACAAAAAGAACAACAGGCAUUCUUAUAUUUCUGCGUCGCUUAGGCGUCUGUAGUAGAAUGAUCUUCUUUGAAGCAGGCUGUUGUAAUAUUUAAUAGUUAUUCGCCUGAUUUUUAAGCUGGGCAUUUUGUUUCUUCAAAAGGUCUCACUCAUCAUCAUCGCUCAAUCGUCGCUACUCAGGCCGAGCUGGACGCACUUCCUAAAGUUAAGGUGGAGAGCAGCCGCAAGCUCCAGGAUGAAAUACUCUCAACGGAAUCACGAUGUGAGUUCCUUAUACAUUCUACAUAGAUUUCUUACCAGUGCCAGUGAGAUUUUUUACCUCUUCCUUUACUUUUUGGGAAGUUUAACACAACAAUCAUGCUGCAGGUUUUCGUCUUUUUUUGUUUACGUGGCAUAAAAUCAACUUCUCAUAUUGUGAACCAGCCCGGGCCCCUCUCCCCUUGAUCUCGAGUUAUUGCCAUUAAACCAAAAAGAGUCCAGGGACUCAGUGGUGUCAUGUCCGAUUCCAUAAUGGUAUACGUAAUAGAAAGGUAUACGCAAGGCGUGUUGAAUUCAUUUACUCAAAUCUAUUAUUAUUAUGGAAGUUCUUUACCUGUAUCUUUUAAACAAUACUACAUGGUUGAUUACUAUUCGAGUAUCAAGAUCAAAGCUUCAAAUUGCUGAAAAUGGUGCUUGAAAACACUGUAGCCGCCGGAUUCUCGAAAUUCAAGACAGUUAGUUUUAACCCGGAGCUAUUAAAUAUUUUACAACGUUUAUUUAUAGUUUUGAACCAUUUUAUAGACUGAGAAAACAGCCGACAUUCCACGACGCCACCGCUGGUUCCCCGCGAAAUGACGUCUGAAAAACGAGCGCAGAAAUUCCAUACUGGUGACGUGUCACUAUUUCAGCUUUGGGUAUUGCUUCUGAUUGGUUGUAGCAAAUUUCCCUCGCGGCACGACCAAUCCGAAACAUCAGUAUGGACUUUCCGCAGUCGUUACCCAGACAUCAUUUUACGGUGAAACCACGGUGAUGGCGUCGCGAAAUGCUGUCUCAGGCUUAUUCACAUAGAACUUUGAGUAAUAAUACGCUUUACAUCUGUCGGUGAUAAGUAUUGACUGUUAUUCUGACUACAGCUUAUCUAGGAUGCUUCAAGGACAGGAAACCUGGACGCGACCUUCCCAAACAAUUUACCAAAUAUGAGAUGACACCCGAGUGGUGUGUCGGCAAGUGUAAACUGGCAGGAUUCAGUUACGCUGGCCUUCAAUAUGGAUACCUUUGUUUCUGCGGUAAUAAGUUUGGCAAGUACGGUCACGUAGAUGACGGCGAAUGCUCCAGUUUGUGCUUUGGGGAUAAAACAAGAAACUGUGGAUCCUUCUGGCAUAAUUCUGUCUUUUCUGUUGGUAAGUGCAUUGAUAAAUGUUUAACUUAAGUUUAAUAUUCCUUACAGAUUUAUUUCAGAGGUCAUGUAGUUAAUAAGAAGAACAGUAAAUCAAACUGAAGUUCUAAUCGUUUGUCCUUGGAGGUUGCAAAAAACCUGCAUACAAACAAACAAACAAGCAAAACAAAAAACUCACGGAGAAGUUAAUUUCAUUUCCUCAUAUGAGUUAAGCAGGUAUUGAAGUACAUACAUGUAACAAGAGGCAGGUUCGAAACAGAAAUAGCUUCUAUGGUCUUUGGGAGCAGUUUUUUUUUUGUUGGUGAUUAACGUUUUGGAAACCAAAAGGUUACCUAAGUCGGAGAAGUGAAAUCUGCACAACUAAUUACGCAAUGCACGUACUGUAAUUUCCAAUUACAGAUGGUAAAUGGCAUGAUCCUCUUGAGCAAAACAAAAAAGUUGACAAAGAACAGAGUGGAUCAGGUGACGCCGAAGAAGACGAAGAACAGCAAGAUGGUCAGUAACCUUACAGGUGUCGUUUCAUUCAGCCUAAAAGGUUUCGGCUCAUUAUACGUCUCUGGGAAACUGCUUACCUACUCCUCCCCUAAGCCAACAUUUUGCCCUAAAGUGAGAAGUAAGCGUCAAUGCUGAGUUAGAGGAGGGGUAGGUGGUCAGUUUCCCAGAAACGUGUUGCGGAUGGGUGCAAUUAUCAAAUGACGUAUUUCAAGAGACUGAAAAGAUACUGAACUCAACACCCACGCCACACCAUAUUACCUAUUCUAGAAUGGUUUGCGAAACACCAAGAAACACGGCCGCCUGAUUGUCAUAAGAUAUUCAUUUUCCAGGCUUUUUACGUGUGUCUGAAAACUAGUGAGACAGUAUAAUAACCCCUGAAGUCAUGAAUAUAUGAAAAUCAUAUAUGAGAACUGCGGGGUGAAGAACUAUAUGAAAGAAGAUCAUCGCAGUUAUUGACGCAACUUUUGCAGUUGCGAAAAGAAAGCCUGAAAAAAUUCAGGCUUGUACCGGAUUCGCACCCGUGACCUCUACUCUACCGGUGCAGUGCAACCCUGUUACGUACAUGUAUACUUAAUCUACGGAAAUUUUAACCUCAAAAAUUAAACCCUGGCUAAUUUCGUAAGGUUUUCUUAAUACCUGUUCCGGUGAGAAAAAAUUAAGGGCUCUGAGGGUACCAUGAUCGCGUAAAAAUAGAAUUUGACGUACAAAGUGUCUUCCAGCUUUUCAUUUUUCAUUUUUGAACAGAAAUGUUGCUUUUAAGUAUAUACUAAAUUCUAACUGAGAAAGAGUAAAGGAUUGUAAAUACUCUUUUUCGAGGCUCGUUCCCUUUUAAUCAGAAGAAUAACGUACUCUUCAUUUCAUUUAUUCUUUUAUUUUUUUAUCUUUUGCAUGGACCAACUGAUGAUCAUCAACCACACAGUGCCAGAACAUAGUAAGAAUUCCUUUUCUGAUCUUUCUUACUCACUACGUCGUUUUUUCAAAUCACAAUUUCUCUAAAUGUUUUUUUGGGACAAUAUUAAUAGUUAUUUGGUUCUUAUGUUGUUAUUUUUCUACUCCACAGCUGAAGUUGCUAAUCAUUUAAUGAAAGGUAUUGUUUCUUAAACACAUUACUAGUUUUUCAAAACCCCAAUAUUGAAAAUGCGCAAUUGCAUUUCUUAAUUCUGAUUUACAUUCAAGAUCUCAGUCAUUUCGUGUUUUAUUACUUAUUACUGAUAACCAUUAAAUACGUAAUUUAUCAUUUAUAGAUAAGUCACUCGAUUAUUAUCCUUAAACCUGUUUAAAACUAAUGCACUUUUUUAUCUUUCUUUUCCAGCCGCGGAAGCUGCACUUAAAGGUAAGAAAAUCAAAAACGACAGUUGACGUUAAAGGUGAUCUUCUCUUGACAUUCCUGAAAAGGAAACUUUAAAACAUUUGUCAACAUUUGUUCUCUUGUCUUUUUCCCUCUUAGCUGCGAAGAAAUUGCUACCUCGUAAGUACUCCACCUUUGUUAAAGUUACUUUCUUGUUCGCUUUAGUAGAGAGUAAGUCUGUCAUUAAGCAUCUACGUAUAUGUGAAAUCAGAACACCACCAUAAAUUAUAAGCAAUAGUUUAUAAAGGCUUGUCUACAAGCAAUAAAUUUUGUUAACCAAGUAUGUGGCAAAUUCCACGCAGAUCCUCAACACGAGAAAUCUAAACGGACUCCAGAUGAGGAGCUUCAGACACACAGUGAAGAUGCCAUCAGUGCACUCGAUGGUAAGUUAGUUUGAUUCGCAACUUCGCUGACUGCGCUCUGCUUCCGCAGUCAGUCCUUUGAAGCAGAGCACAUGUGAUUCACAACAAGUACUCGUUUUGUGAAUCCGUACUAUCUUUACAUGAUUUCCAUUUAAAAAAAUACAGAGGAACCUCGAUAUAAUGAAGGGCCAAAGGAUUGGUAAAAUGUGUUUGUUAUAACUGACGAGAUUUCGUUAUAUCGUGGUUUUUAUCUAUACAUAUUUUACUAUAACUGGUGUAAAGAAAAUCGUUCGUUAUACCGAGGACUGCGUUACAUAGAGGUUCGUUCCACUGUAUAGAGGACAUGAAAAAGCAUAGUGAACAGAUAGUGAAGAUGUCUUCAGUACGCUCGAUAGUGAGUUUGGUCUUUUACUUCCUGCUGAUGAGAAAAUCAAGUCCGUUUUCCUCUUUUCCAUGUACACAGCUGCUGAAAAAUUGAUGGCGUCCAAAACAGCGUCAGUUGAGCACACUAGGAAAGAAAAACGAGACGCAGAGGGUGAUGGACGGGAUCUGUUGGUAGCGUAUUUGAGUGACGUGGGGGGCUAUGACAGGAACUAUCGAGACGUCGAGGGUCAGGAUGAAUCUGGAUCCUCAGGUAACAUAGUAGAUUACCUAUAACUGUCAUUGUACACGCUGACUCCACAUGAAGACCUUAAACAACAGCCAAGGACCCUUGUCCGACUGCAACAAAGGAAAUACGAGACGUCUACCCGUAGGCCACCCUUUGAUAGACCUGUUCCAAUUGUGCUAGUAACAUGCUGGAAAGUUGCUUACUGAAAUGCCAAAAAAAUAACCCCAAUAAAGACAUGUUUUGCGACUCGAGAAGAAAAGUCAUACGAUAGAGAUUUUGCAGUUGUUUCGUCACCAAUUCCUUCUUUAAGAUUGUCAGUUAAUUCUUUAAGAUUCCCAGACCUGCAUUGAAAGUAUAUUCUAUGUUAAACAGUUCAUGAUCAAUGCCUGUUUAGAUAAUAAGAUUUCGUUUCAAUUUUUCAUAAUUCCUACAGAGUCGAGCGAUAAGGAUGAAAAGUUUGAAUAUCGAAGAAUGGUCAUUGAUGAAUCUGGAGACGGCGAGUUUGUUGAGAAAACUAAAAACAAGGAACUCAAAGCUCGUAAACGAAGGGAAAUCGGUGAACCGUGGGAUGCCAGCUUCGACGGGCCAAAGAAAAUGGCAUCAAGAGCUGCCCGUGUUGAACAAGUGUCGAAGCGCAACGUUGUCCCUGAGCACCAAAGUGACACCGAGGACGACCCUAGCAGGCUCGGAGAUGAUUCGGGAGAUAACGAACAGCCCGAGGAGUUGACGGAAAAUGCUGCUGAUCCAGUUAGUUUGGGUGAAAAUCGGGUCACAACUGAUUCUAGUAAUACUGAAGAAGCAAGUUCUCAGGAGGACAGCGACGAAUCUGGUGGAUCUGGUUUUGAAGACAUGUCGAGCGAAUCAGGUCAGUCAGACGAAUCAGAUGAAUCAUUGGAGUCUGGUAUGUCUGGUUCUGAUGAAAGUGAAGAUUCCGGUGACGAAGCAGACGAGGAAGAUGCUCAAGAGUCAAGUAUGUUAUAAACGCGAUGAAGUUUGAAAAAAAAAAGGCUAAGUGGCUACGUUAUUCAAACUUUCGUUGCCGCAGGCUUCGACGUCGUUGCGUCGAUUUUCUUUUAUUUCUUGAUUUUGUUGGCCUCACUGGCUAUCCUGCCACGAUCAGCUAUAAAUGAAAGAAACUUGCUCUCGCUCUUUUUUCUUUCUUUUUAACAUUAGAAAGUUAUUUCCUUCAAGAUCGGAUGAACUAAUUUGAAUGACUAGGUGAUUAAUUCGGUUUUAGUCAGUACGACAAACAGUCAGAAGACUUGAACUGAAUACCCACCAAGAAUGAUGUGUGUGGGAGAAACCAAAUUCCCAGAAGAAAAUUGCAUUGGGUCGUUUCGAGGGGCCAAUUAAAAGAAAAGGAAUUUGAUCAUCUAUGUUGAUAACUAAAUUUACGCUUGUUAUUGUGUGAACAAAUUACAAAAUUUAUAACAUCUUAAAAACUCUCACAUAUUCACUAUCGUUAAUUCUUUUCACAGAUUAUGCACGUGUAGUAAGAGAGACGAAUGAUGAUGGCAAUUUGAUGAGACAUCGCAGAGAGUUGCCUGAAGAAACAGAAGACAAGACAAAGGCAAAGUCAAAGGUAGUUGUGUAAUUUUUUUUUACCAAGAAACAAUUUAAAUAAACUAAAUAUUUUCUUUCAAGAUAUCAUUGAUGCGCUACCAUGUAUUCGCUUCCACAGUUCAUUCUAUUUGUUUUUUAGAGACAAAGUGCCUUGAUGAAUGACAAUAUAAACAAUAAGCUUAGUGAUCAAGUGGAAAAAGGUAACAAUAUUUUAUUGUUUUCUCCUUUUUUUCCUUUCUGCCCUUUAAACGUUAUUUAAUUAUGGUCUCCCACUGUCGAUUCGUUCAUUUUAUUUUCUAUUAUUAAAGUUUAAUAAUAUUGCACUGAAUUUUCUUUAUUGAUUACCUUAUAUUCCUUAGCAUUAAUUUGCAUGAUUUGUUUUUCGAGAGUCUCCAAUUCCCCACUCCAGAAACUCGAGGGAGAAUAAGUACAAGCUUUAGGAGCAAUCAUUUCAGGGAUCGUUUGGGUGGACAAGCCUUGGUUAUGAUUGGUCGAUGGUAUUCAAGGCAACCAUUAACCAAUCACAAGUUACGCCUGUCCACCCAAGUGAUCCCAGAAAUCGCUGCGCCAGAAGCUUGUAAACCCUUUCUCCUUAUUUCUGGAACUCGUGACUUGAAUUUCUCUCAAUCCCUUUAAUUCCGAUGGUUAUUUUUGACAUGCCAGUAUCGUCGUUCAUAGUUUCAAUCCCGAAUCUCUUAAUUACUUUAAUUUUCUGGUGUGGAUCGCUUGAUUAUUUACCAGUCUGACAGGAAAACGUAUUGCCCGCCUAGAAAGUAUGUGAAAUCAACUACUUUCGUAGCUUUAUCAACUAAUUUUUUUUUUACAUUUACCGGGGAAAAAUUAGUAAAUAAAUGAUGUCAUUUUUGUUUUAUCUCAGGAGCUGAAAAUCUUAUGUCCUUGAUACUGGAUAUUUAUCAGUCAAAGAAGACAUUGAUUAACCUACAGCAAGUUGUUCAACAAAUGAAACAAGAUGUAAUGCAACAAAUGGACGUACCAGAAGGUCAGAGGGAACAAGUGAAAAACAAGCUACGAACUACCAUCAGAGAAACCAUAGUCAAGAAAGCUAACGGUAUGAUGAAUAACGUCUAAAUAUGAAUUCAGUAAUAGCCAAACCGGGCUCCCCACUAAUACCCUUCUUUAUUACGUAUGAGAUGACUGUUCGAAAAAGUCUUUUGCCCGUUUCCGUGGUAAAAUAAAUAAGUUGUGAAUUACUCUUUGGGGUCUCAUUUUGUUAUCGUUAGUUACGGUCAAAUUACUUUUAUCCACCCUAAUGUUUUCUAACAGACACGUUCGCAUAACGGAAAGUUCAGUCACAGAUCGUAGACCGCGUGAAAGUCAGUCUUGUUCUGCAUUUGCGUUCUUUCCACAUUUUGAUAUAUCAUUUUUUUAUCUAUAACUGAAGAUGGAUCUACCAGGCAAAAUAGACUUAAUAAAACCUGUACCCGGUAAAUUAUUCAUUUACUUUUAAAUUAGAUUUUUUGCAAACGUGUUAAGACACUUAGUCUAGCUCUGAAGGAAAAUCAGCCUUUCUUACUUCAAAUCGCUGCUGGUCACACAUCUGUGCGAUUUAAUACUCGCCUCCCCCGUCCCUUAAUUUCAAGUUGUUCUACCAAGUCUUGAGCAUGGUCUUGUAUUGCGAACAACUUUGAUAAGCGGAGGAGGAGAGAUCACAAGCACAAGAGCAUAAGCAGGUCUGUUAGGCCAAAAUAAGGUGGAGUGUAUCAAGUAUUUUUGCAACUGGUUGUAGCAUCAAUGACGUCUUCUUCGAGAGGGGUUAUUAAAUCCCUAGUCUGAAUUUCAAAACAAGUAGUAUCCUCGCAAAGUGAGGAGGAAGCCAUUUCCCUGUCAGUAUUAAACGCAGGUGAUUGUAUUUGCGAUUCUCUUCGUCGCUGUCGUAGUCUCAACCCAUAUUUAUGUUGUUUGCUACCAUUUCAUCUGGCCUAUGUAGCUGUUUUACGGCCGUGCUCCAUUUGGGGAACAAGCGGUGAGAGCACUCGCCUCCCACCAUUGUGACCAGGGUUCAAAGUCAUAUGUAGGUUUAGUUUGUUGUUGGUUCUCCUCCUCGCUCCGAGGGUUUUUUAUCCUCUAGGUACUCCUGUUAUCUCCUCUCCUUAAAAACCAACACUUCCAAAUUCCAAUUCACACGGACACAUUUCAACGAGGUCUUAAAAACUCCUAAUUGCUCCAUGAGUAAACAAAUUACAAUUACAAAAUUACAACUACAUGGCGCUGGUCGGAAAUUUACCCGGCCCUAACACGGCCUCGUUAACAUUUCUGUUUAAUAUUGCUUUCAGAACUUGCGGAAUCCAUCCGACAGGAGGUGAAAGACUACAAGGAAGGCCAUCAAGCCGUUACCCAGCAGGCCAAAGAAGCUAUGGCCGCCAUCUUGAAUAUUCCUGUUUUCCAAGACACUGUUUCAAGCAUAAAAACCCAAAUAAAGAAAAGAGCGGUAGAAAUUGAAAAAGAAUACAAGAUGUCAAAACGAGGAAGCGAAGAACUACCUAGCAUCUUGAAAGAACACUUUAAGAGAAACGCUCCUGAUUUUAAAGGCGAAACUAGGCUUUCGCGUUCUCAUAGGGACUUAAAUCUUUAAAAGACAUCAAAUUGAGGAAAUGUUCUUGUUUACUUGCCCUGGAUGAAAGUAUAGUUUUUAAAAUGUAUCGGGUGCAGCCUAAAUUAAAAGCUGAAAAUUUGAUGUUUUUGUAUAACGGGAGUAAAAUUCACGUUCACGAAAAUCCCUGAUGGCAAUCAAUUCCUGCAUAACAAACAAACUAUAAUAAUUUAUUACAUUAAAUUCUUUGAGAAAAUUGUCUUGUCUUGCCCAAUGGAAUCCACCAAGAAGUUUCCGAAUGUCAUAUUAGCUGAAAAAUUAUUAAAGAGGUAUUUGAUACACAAAACACAUUCAUAAAACAGUGUAAAACGAGAUUUCAUAAAAGUUGCAACUUAAAUGAACUUUUAAAUGUUACUUAAAAUUCUCCUCAGACGGUCAUAGAAUGUAACCGCGUUUUCAGUAUCUAUAGCACAAAGUCCAACGGUGCCUAGCAAAGGUCAAGAGCAAACAAUUUUGUUACAGCUGUAAACAAGCCAAGAACCUUUAUGGUCUGGGAAACGCACUUUAAGUCAAUUCCAGCUCUUCCAAAAAUAAAUGAAGCAAUCAAAUAAUUGAUUAUAAAAUCAAAAUAACCAUGCUUCAGAGAGGUAGAAAUCUAAAAAGGAUUACCAACCAGCCUGGUAAAAAUUGGAAACUACCAAAGUGGCGUCCUUACUCUCUUUCAAAGUCGUCUAAGUGCAGUAUUUGUACAAACCGUGAAUCAUUAAAUAUUAAACUGGGAGUCAACCUAAAGAGGCAAAUACUUUACGUUUCCCUCAUCGAUUCUUACUCUCUCUAAAUCUCAUGACCACCGAAAAGUGGUAUGAUUAUCAGAGAUACCGUGGCCUAGCCUUUUAAUCAUGCCAUUUUCAGGGGGGCUCAUAGAUGUCUUCAAUUUUAGGAGUGUCUGCAAAACGAUCACUUGGGGCAGCAGGAUAUCGGCUUACAUUUUAC